AUGCGUCGAGCCGGUGUUAAAAAACGAUUUUUGCUAAUUGGUGAUGAUAAUGACGAAGGUGCAACGUUUUGUUAUUAUGAAAAAGGUUCUAAAGUUCCACACGAACCGAGUUUUAUAUUUAUUCAUGGAUUUUCAUCUGAUAAAUAUGCAUGGUUAGGUGUUAUCAAGGAAAUUCCUUAUGGUUUUCAUUGUAUCGCAAUUGAUUUACCCGGUCAUGGAGAAAGUGUCGGAUUUAACGAAGAACAAUUAAUAGCUGUUAAUGUGGUGGAUAAACUUAAACUAUUUUUUGACAAAUUAAAUUUGACUGAACCAAUAUAUCUGAUCGGCUGUUCAAUGGGUGGUUCAAUUGCGGCAAUAUUUGCAACAAAAUAUCCAUCUUAUGUGUGUAUGAUUUGUUUACUUGCACCUGUUCCUCCUGGAGAAGAGUAUGAGACUGAACUGCUGAGCCAAUUGCGUUCAGGAGUUUAUCAUAUUGUUUUACCAGAAACACUUAAACAGUUCUACGCGGCAGCCAAGUUGUUAUCAAUGAAAAAAGUUCAUGCAAAUCGAUUAUUGGCUAGAAUAUAUUUAAAAUCGAGAUUAUCAAUGUUAGAUCAACAUAAAAAAGUUCUUAAAUCAGCUUUUGAAAAUGACUAUCCUAAUCUUGAACAAUCUUAUGCAGAAUUGAAAAAUCUGGCGUGUUCUGUACUCAUUAUUUGGGGUCGCCAAGAUCAGUUAUGUUCAGUUGAUGGUGCUAAUUAUUUUUCCAACUUGAUACCAGACGCAAAAUUAAUCUUUUUCGACGAUUGUGGUCAUCUGAUCACUACUGAUAAACCAACACAGACUGCAAGCAUUAUUAUUAAGUUUUGGGAAACUCUUUCCACUUAUCGGACCAACUUAUACAAUUAA